AUGUUCAACUUCACGCCGCUCCUGGGCGCGCAGACAGCCUCGCCGGCCUCACAAUCACUACUCGAGCUCGAUGGAGGAGUCAAGAUUCUGGUCGAUGUUGGAUGGGACGAGACAUUCGACACGGGAAAGCUGCAGGCGCUGGAGAAGCAUGUCUCGACGCUGUCGGUGAUCCUUCUGACCCAUGCGACCAUUGAGCACAUCGGAGCCUAUGCGCAUUGCUGCAAACAUGUGCCUGGCUUCGCGAAAGUGCCUGUCUAUGCGACUACACCUGUCGUCAAUCUGGGCAGGACCCUCGCAGCAGACAUCUACGCCUCCAGCCCAUCGGCAGCGAUCACAAUACCAGCAUCCAGUAUUGGCCCUUUGAACUCGAAUGCGACGCCGAAUCUCCUCCUCCCCGCGCCCACGGCGGAAGAAGUCGCAACUUACUUCAGCGCGAUUCAUCCUUUGAAGUACUCCCAGCCACACCAACCUCUUCCGAGCCCGUGGAGUCCUCCGCUGGGCAACCUCACUAUCACGGCUUACAGCGCAGGACACACGCCUGGUGGCACAAUAUGGCACAUACAACACAGCUUGGAGAGCAUCGUAUAUGCUGCAGACUGGAAUCAGGGCAGGGAGAAUCUGCUUUCUGGAGCGGCGUGGCUGGGUGGGAGCGGCGCUGGUGGAGGUGCAGAAAUUAUCGAGCCACUGCGGAGGCCGACAGCGCUGGUCUGCAGCAGCAGGGGCGUAGAAAAGACAGAUGUGCUGCCUAGAAAGAAGAGAGACGAGACGCUCAUCAGCCUGAUAAGAGAAACAAUAGCACAAGGUGGAAAAGUACUCAUACCGACCGAUUCGAGCGCAAGAGUGCUAGAGCUCGCAUUCAUUCUCAAUCAUACCUGGCGCGAAAACACCAGUGGACCGCAUGCGGACACCUACAGGAAUGCGAAAAUCUAUAUGGCAAGCAAGAGCAGUACAAGCACGGUUAGGCAAUUGCAGAGCAUGCUCGAGUGGAUGGACGACACCAUCAUUCAGGAUGCGGAGCGUGCCAUGAACAAGGGCCAGAGGGAUGAUGAUAAGGCGCCAAAUCUCUUGGACUGGAAGUUUGUGAAGCAGAUUGAGCGUCAGACGCAGUUUGAUCGUGCGCUGCGGAGAAGAAGUCCUUGUAUCAUGCUCGCGAGCGAUGCUUCGAUGGAAUGGGGAUAUUCGCGGCAGGCGUUGGAGAAGCUCUCAGCAGAUCCUCGAAACCUGGUCGUGCUGACGGAGAGCAUCUCUCAAAGCCAGGCCGCUCAUUCGAGCAUUGCCACUCAGCUGGCAGAUGCGUGGAAAGCGAGCAGUAAAUCCAUAUCUCAGACAGGCGCCAAAGUGGUGGGCGCAGAUGGCAAAUCAAUCCUCCUGCGCGAUGCUUCAGUUGCAGACUUGACCGCAGAUGAAGACGCCCUGUACCAGCAAUACGCCGCGCGACAACGCCAGCUACACAGCACCCAACUCGGCGACAACACCGAGAACGAUGCAACCACUACGGAAGUCGCCGAUCAGGAAGCCGAAGAAUCGUCAGAUUCGGAAGAUGAAGAUGAGGACCCAGAACAUCAAGGCCGCGCCUUGAAUCUUUCUGCUCAGAUGACGCAAAGCAAUAAACGAAAGGCAGGUGUAUCUGAGGCAGAGCUAGGCAUCAAUGUCUUGAUCAGGAGCAAGAACGUGCACGAUUAUGACGUGCGGAAUAAGCGUGGUCGGGAGAAGAUGUUUCCAUUCGUGUCGCGGCGGCCGAAGCAUGAUGACUAUGGUGACAUUAUCAAGCCAGAAGAUUAUCUCCGCGCUGAAGAGCGAGACGAUGUGGACGGUGUUGACAUGCGCGAUGGCGCUAAGCAGGGCGAAGCAGCGGUUGGACAGAAACGCAAAUGGGACGAUGUGGCCAACACCGCCGAUAAGAAGGGCGCGAAGAAGCCGAAACAAGAGAAGCCGCCAAAACCUGCCAAGGUCGAACGAGAACCCGACGACAUCGAUGCUCUCAUCGCUCGUGCUACUGGCCGACCGCAGAAGCUUGUGUUUGUAGAACGGAGCUUGACACUGCAGCUCCGAAUAGCCCAUAUCGACUUCUCCGGUCUUCACGAGAAGCGUGAUCUGCAGAUGUUGAUACCGCUGAUCAGACCGCGGAAGCUCAUUUUGAUAUCUGGAGACACUAGCGAGACACAAGCACUUGCUGACGAGUGCCGACAGCUGCUUGCCGAGGGCGAGACGAAGUCGGCAGAUGUGCUCGCUCCUGUUAUAGGUGAGACUGUGGACGCCAGUGUCGAUACCAACGCAUGGACGCUCAAGCUCAGCCGACAGCUGGUGAAGAAGCUGACUUGGCAGAACGUCAAAGGUCUUGGUGUUGUUGCAUUGACUGGCAGGCUUGAUGCCGAGCCGAUUGAGACAUCAAGUCCAGCUGAAGAGGAGGCCGCAAGAAAGAAGCAGAAGCUGGCGAAGAAAAAGGAGGACGAUGAGGCUGAGAAAGAGUCCAAGUCUGUCGCCAUUCCAGCAAUGCCCGUGCUCGACCUUCCAGCAACAUCAGCGACUGCGACACAACAGCGUGUCACACAACCGGUGCACGUAGGAGAUUUGCGACUCGCUGACUUGCGAAGGUUGAUGCAAGCUUCGGGCCACACGGCAGAGUUCCGUGGUGAAGGUACGCUUCUCAUUGACAGCACAGUCGUGGUGCGGAAGUCGGCCACGGGUAGGAUCGAGGUGGAGACGCAUCAGGGCGGGUUGUCGCAACCAGCCUAUCGUACCAAGGAAAACGAGGGCAGCUUCUAUGCUGUACGAAAGCUGAUCUACGGCGGACUUGCUGUCGUUGCAGGAGUGUAG